AUGGCGCUGGAGCUGGGGAGGGGUUUGGCGGGGUGUGAAGAGGUGCUGCUGUAUGCAUGCCGGUUCUGCGGCAAGCGAUUCUCGCAGCCGCAGGCACUGGGAGGCCAUAUGAACGCACACCGGCGAGACCGUAAGGCAGAAGAAACCAGUGUCCAGCAGGCGACCGCCCUACCUCAGACUCCUCGUGCACAGGCGGAUUCACCCGGGGUUUUCAUGCCGCCUGCAGCAGGCUCGGUCUCUGCAGCACAGUCAACCCAGCCGCAUCUGCCAGUCCAGGCACUGCCUGCAUCGCAGCUGAUGCAUCUUCUUACUGCAGCAGAGUCUAUCACUGUUGCACAAAAUUUUGAGUCGACCCAAAACGCGCAUGUCCAGGCACUUCCUGCAGCACAGCCGGGACAUUCUCUAACUGCAGCACAGUCGAUCACUGCUGCACAAUUGUUGAGCGCAGCUCAGUUGCUGGGCAAAGCAGGGUCGUACCCAGGAGCAGAGCUAUUGGGAAGGACAGGCAGGGUGGAAACAGCGUCUGCUGAUGCUGCUGUCUCCUCUGCGUUACCUGCUGCAAGGUUAGGCUCGGCAACGGAAGCUGGUUUGGUGGCUGCCGGUUCUGGUUCGGCGACCGGACCUGGGUUUCCAGCUGGUUCAGGGUUUAGCUCUGGUGCUGCUGCAGGGACGGCAUCAGGAGCAGGGUACAGUGUCAGUUCGGGUGUGAGGCUUGGAGCAGGUGCGGUUACUACCGAUCGUGGCCGGUUUUCACCGGCGGGCAGGAUGGAGCUCGCGCACGCGCUGGACGAGGCGGGAAUUCUCGACGGCCUAUUGGAUGCCGCCACGUCAGCAAAGCCACACGUCAGAAAUCAGGCGCUUCGCGCGUUGAGCCGUUUCUCCCACUCGGAAUAUACACUCAAGUCGCUGCUAAUGACCAAGGGCAUUCUGCCUCUGCUCGCACGCUCCCUCUCCCACCUGCCCCCCGUGCCCGCGCCUUCUGUCGCUCAUAGUGCUGACGCCGGGAUUGGCCCUGCGUCUGCUCAUGUGGCUGAUUGUGCUGCACAUAGUGCCGAUGUUGGGACAGGCCGUGCGUCUGGCCGUGUUGGUUCUGCUGGUGAUUGUGCUAAUGCUAGGGCUGAUCCCGCUGUUGGUCCUGAAGAGCAGCAGCUUGGGGAGGAGGGUGCACUGGACCUGCUCGCUCGGAUCCUGCACCACCACCGCUACCCCCGCUUGCACAGCCAAUCAGCAGCUUGGGGAGGAAGGUGCUCUGGAGCUGCUCGCGCGGAUUCUGCACCACCACUGGCACCUCACUCUUCAAUGCAAGCACCAUCAGGCCUGCUGCCGUUGCUGCUCGCCCUGCUUCGCCAUCCCAAGCCCUCGGUGCAGUACGCAGCAGCAGGGGCGCUGUGGCACAUUUCAGCCAAUCAGAGCCUAGGGCCUGCUCUCAUCGUGCGCUACAGAUGCCUGCUGCCCCUGCUGAGCCUCCUUGAUCAGUCGUCGCCCCAGUCAACGGGGGUCAACUACUGUCAGUGGCAGUCAACUCAGGUCGACUGCAUUCAAUGCCAGUCAACGCAAGUCAACUGCAGUGAGUGUGUGUUGCUGCAGCAGAAUGGAUUUUACCGUGACCGUGAAGUGGGGGAGAGGGGAGAGCAUGGGAUGGUGGAAGGAGGGAGAGAGGUGGAGAGAAGUCAAGUGGGGCGAGAUGGGGAAGGAGGUGGAGGAGGGGAAGCAAGAGAGGAGGGGGAACUUGAUGGUAGAGAUCGAAGCAGGGGGGGCAAGGAGGAGCACGGAGCUAUGUUCUUUCUAGAGGGGGCUGUGGAGAUUCUGAUGGGAAUGGCGGCAUUCGAGGCGCCUCAGAAGAGGGAGGAGGAUGGAGCAAUGGCCAAGGAUGGAGCCCCGGGGAUUUCAGACGGGGCUGCUGGGGUGAUGGUGGGGAUGACAGAGGAGGUUGGGCGUGGUGGGGCCCUGAGAGAUACUCAGAGGGAGGAGGAGGAAGGUAGGGAGGAGAAGAAGGAGGAGGUAUGGAAGGAGGAGAGGGAGAAGAAGAGGGAAAAGCAGAGGGAGGAGCAGAGUGAGAGGAAGGGGGAGGAGGAGAGGGAGGAGCAGGAGAAUCGAGUGCGGGUAAAAGCAGCAGAAUUCGCUCGCCGUGCCCUGGGAUACCUUGAUGUACCUCUGACAAACCUGCUUCCUACCCCUGGCACAGGCACACCCGCCUCCUCAGGCGUGCUUUGCAGCCAAGGGGAGGGGCCCCGUGGGGCUGACGAGGGGUGUGGUGAAAUCCUGACAAGGAGCAACGUUCCUGGUUUCAGUGGGAGCGGGAAUGAGAUUGUAACAGGUGAGGAGAGGAGCAACAGCAGCAAUGGCAGCAGGGGUGGGUCGAGCAAGGCUGCAGUGACAGUUACCACAUCGUGUGUGAUUUGCUGUGAGGAGGUGCAGUGCCCCCCUAUUGACCCGUGCGGCCAUGCAGUUGCCUGCCCCUCCUGCCUCCUCUGCCUCGUUUCCAGGAAGCAACCCUGCCCCAUCUGCCGUUCUGCCAUUGGUUGA